CCAGCGCACGCCAGACAAUGAAGCUGUUGGUGGUUCUGUGCCUGGUGGCAUGGGCCUCUGCCGAUGACGACGCCGACCGCACCUACGUUGACAGCUACAGCGACCACGGGUCCUCCGAUUAUAGCGGCUCCUAUGGCCGCGGAUACAAGAAGAGCUACUACGGGCAGGGUUCAUACAGCAACAACAACCAUAACUACAGAUACAACACAUACUUCCCCGGGUAUUACGACCACGGUAAGAGCUACGGCAACAGACAUUACUACCGCAGAAGCUACGACGGCUACGAUGAACACUACGAUGACAGUGACCAAAGCUACGACAACGAUGGGCAAGGCUAUCUGAACUACGGCCGAGACUACGGUAAAUCCGGCAGCUAUGACGGAAACUAUGGCAACCACGGUCGUUACUACGGCGGGUAUGGUCAGAACUACGGCGGCUAUGGUCGGGACGACGACGGCUACGACCGUGACUACGACGACUAUGGCCACAACUACGGAAAAUACGGCCAAAGCUACAUCCAGGGCCACAAUUACAGAAGAAACUACCGGACCUACACCCCCACGUAUUGGUACCGCAACAGCUAUGAUGACGACGACUACUACGGCACCAGCUACGGCGGAGACCAUGGUUACGGGGGCCACUACGACAGCAGCUAUAGUUAUCACCCGCAGUACAGCUACUACGGAGAUGAUGACUACAAUGGCUACGAUGACGACAGUAGUUACUGGGAUUGAUCGUUGUGAACAGGUGGCUUCCGCACCUGCCGUCGUUGAACAGAUCGCGCCGGUCCGAACCGAGCGUGUUCUCGUGUCUGCGAUCGCGCACCCCGACAGGGCAUCAGCAAACGCGUCUGCCCCCUUCCCCAUGUGUGAUGGUGUAGGCAACUAAAUGAAUGUUUCAUAAUGAGCAAACUUCUUGACAGCAACGACGCGUAGUACAUAAUAUGACUAUGGAGCCCCACAAAUGUCUGUCAGUAAUCCAAUACAAGUGGU